AUGGAAAAUGAGAUCAUGGAAGAAAGGUUUGAAGAUUGGAGAGGGAGAGAGACAAUCCCUGGCAAACAUGGUGGGGUUAGAGCAGCUUCAGUUGCUUGUGUCGUGGAGAUAUUGGAGAUAAUGGUGUCCAUAGCUCUUGGAAACAACAUGGUGUUAUAUUUCAUGAAAUCAAUGCAUUACUCAUCAGCCGAAGCAGCAAAUAUGGUGACCAAUUAUAUUGGAACAUCUUAUUUGAUGACUCUCUUUGGUGGUUUUGUUGCCGACUCUUUCCUCACUCGCUCCACUACUUACAUAGUUUUUGGUUCCAUUCAAAUCCUGGGUUUUGUUGUGUUGACAUUACAAGCUCAUAUCCCAAGUCUACAACCUGAGGGAAACAAAACACCUUCGACUCUUCAAUCAGCUGUUCUUUUAACGGGACUUUACGCGAUAGCUAUUGGUUCUGGCGGAACAAGGCCCUCGUUGAUUGCCCAUGGAGGCGAUCAAUUUGAAAGUAGACACCAGAGACUGAUCUCAAAGUUCUUCAAUUGGUACUACUUCUCUAUAUGCUUUGGAUGGCUCAUGGCCGUAACCGUUAUGGCCUGGAUCAAAGAUUUUUUCUUUGUAUCAACUGUGCUUCUAGCGGCUUCGCUUUGUAUCUUCACAGCAGGAUUACCAUUAUACCGUUUGAAACGUCCUAGCGGAAGUCCCUUGACAAGAAUUGCAAAUGUGUUUAUCUCUGCCGCAAGAUAUCGAAAUGGUUCUGUGUUGGAUGUAGAGAUAAUGCAAAGUCUUACAUCUACCGAUAACAACAUUCAUCACAACAAGUUAAAGUGUUUGGAUAAAGCAUUGCUAAACAAAAACAUCUCAGCAACACAAGUUGAAGAAACAAGAACAUUUCUUGGCCUCCUACCAAUCUUUGCAAGCACAAUUGUCAUGAACUGUUGUGUGGCACAAUUGUUGACUUUCACCGUACAACAAGGCAUGACCAUGAAUAGAAAAAUCUCUUCAUCAUUCGAGAUCCCCGUACCUUCCCUUAACGUGAUCUCUAUCAUCUUCCUUCUCUGUUCCAUACCCUUAUACGAACUCUUUGGCAAAAACACCAAUAGAACAUCGAGCUUCUCUUUGAAACGCAUUGGCCUCGGCUUGAUUCUCUCAUCUGUUUCGAUGGCGGUUGCAGCCAUUGUGGAGGCCAUGAGGAAACACGAGGCGGUUCACAAUGAUUUCAGAAUCUCUAUUUUCUGGCUACUUUUUCAAUACGUCAUGCUGAGUUUUGCGGAUAUAGUUACGUUGGGAGGGUUGCAAGAGUUUUUCUAUAAAGAAGCUCCAACGAGCAUGAAGAGCAUGAGUGUAGCAUUGGGGUGGUGCUCUAUAGCAAUGGGUUUCUACCUUAGCUCACUUCUUGUGGAGGUCACAAAUGCCAUCACAGGAAGGCUUGGACAUCAAUGGUUGGGAGGGGAAGAUCUUAACAAAGCUGGACUUGAGUUGUUUUAUGUGCUUCUAUUUGUUCUUAAUACUCUUAAUCUUCUUAACUAUGUAUUUUGGGCAAAGAGAUAUUGA